UCAUAGAACUUUACAUUUAAACUUGACGUUUCACUUUUUUAUUUUUUCAUUUUUUUCCUUAUUUACUGCUUCAAGGUCCGGAACGCCCAUUAUAUUGCUAAAAUGAAUCGUCCGCUGACGGAUUUUACUUCACUUGUCGUCUUGGAUAGAGCCAAAGGCCUGGACACUGCAAACACAUACAAGAACAACAGGGCCGCUCUCGGGUUCAUCGAGGCCAUUGCUGCUCAGGAGAAAAGCAGAAUUGUCCAGAGUGUGAAAGAGGCUCCUUUUUUCAGUUUCAUUAUGGAUGGCAGUAGUGAUUUGACAGGUAAAUCCAUGUCUGAAUAUCCUGGAUACCUUAUCAUUAGAUGUUUUGCAUGAAUUUUUUAUUUCUGUGAAAUAGUAUAUAUUAUAAACUUCGUCUUUAUAAGUUCACUCAAAUGUAACUGGAGUUUUAAUUUUUCAUUCAGGAGAUGAACAAGAGACAAUAUAUAUAAGGUUUACCAAAAAUGGAGUUCCCAGUAUGAAGUUUCUGUCCAUAGAUUCACCAAAGAGCACAUGCGCUGCAGAUCUGUAUGACCAUGUAAAUCAUGUUUUCAUAAAUAGUCAGAUUGACAGUGAAAUAUUCAAAGGUAAAUAUUAAAAUUAAUUUAAUAUGUAUAUGAUAGUAACGCUGAGAAUCCAAAUAAAGUGAACAAAAAUACUCUGAGUGAAAUGAAUACCUAGUUCGAAUUCAUGUUUUCAACAUUUGUAAAUAAUUUUUAAUAUCCAGGUGCUGCGGUAUUAUUUUUUUGUCUAGGUGUCACAUACAUGUAUACGCUCAAGAUUCUGCAGUGUACAGAUUCUUGGAUGAUAUUAAUUUUCUGUUAUUAAUCAUUAUCUAGGUAAAAUGGUAGGAAUGGGAUGUGACGGGGCCAGUAACAUGUUAGGCAGUAAGUCUGGUUUGGCAUCUCGUCUUCAGAGUGAUAACCCAGAGCUUGUGACAGUGCACUGCCUGUGCCACAGGUUGGAGUUGGCCAUGAAGGAUGUGACAAAAGUUCAUUGUAAAAAGCUCUACGAUAGAGUGAUGACAGUGAUGAUAGGACUUCAUUACUUCUACAAGAAAUCCCACAAGAACAAGAAGGGCCUGCAGAGAGCAUGGGAUACUUUGAAGAUCCAGGGCACACUGCCUCCCAAAGUAACAGGGACGAGGUGGAUCUGUCAUGUUAGCAGGGGGGUGGAUAAUAUUCUGCACAACUUUCCAGCUUAUGAACUUCACCUGAGCAAUGCCAGCCAUGAGAAUGCAAAGGCUGAAGGACUUGUCAAGAUAUUGCUGCAGAAAGAGAUUGUCUUAUUUAUGUUGGUGUUACAGGAUUUAUUAGAUCCAUUGAUGAGGCUUUCACUGAAAUUACAAAGCGAUGAGGUCACAUUGGCCGAUGCCAUGGUAUGGUAUGAGGUCACAGUUGAAAACCUUCUUAAGUUCAAGUCCAGGGAUUAUUGUGAAUUGUUGACUGAUGGUAAAUUCAAAGGGGUUACCUUGAAGGGCAGAGAACCACAACUACGCUAUAAGGAAUCUCUUAUUGAUGGGCUGAUUGAGAGCAUUGAAACCCGGUUUGGCUUUAAUGAUUCUGAAAUGAAUGUUGUUAAAGCAACUGCUAUAUGUAACCUCAGAAGAUGGCCUCCAAAUGGAAACAUCAAAGAGAUUGAAGAAUUUGGCACUGAAGAAGUCCAAACUGUGCUCAGACAUUUCCCCAAUGCCCUUGUAGGAGCUGGUAUGGAUGUGGAUGAGAAAGUAGUCUUGCAGGAGUGGCAGGUUCUGAAGCGGGUACUGUACAAAAGGUAUAUUGCUCUACGUUUUUUUUUUUUAUUUGUUUGUUUUGGCUGUGCUAUCAUGACACAAAGCAAUCUUAAUGGUUUGUUUCAAGGAAUAUUUAAAAUUAAGAUUCCAUAAUGUAGUUGCUAUCAAAAAUGUUUUACCACAUAUUGGCAAUACAUUCUUAUUACUAUAGAUAAAAGACAAGCCAUGUGCAUUUCAUUGGUAAUUUGGUUUCUGUUUAUAGUGUUAACUUAAAGAUUAUUUUAAUUUAUUAAUUUUUUAUAGUGAUCAGAGAUAUUUCAUAAUGAAGUGUUAGGGGAAUAAUGUGUAUGUUUUUUUCUUGUUUCACAGGUAUGGUGACAGUUUGCAUUCUGGUACAUCUUGGCCACAAAUUAUGUGUGAAUAUGGAGAAGACUUUUCCUGCCUCCUGUUGAUAGAGCUUUUGCAAUCUCUGCCUCCUACUUCAGUGAGAUGCGAAACCACUUUUUCUCAGAUGAAAUUAAUAAAGACCAACAGAAGGUGUAGAUUGAAGUCAUCCACAAUGGACAGUUUAAUGAUGGUGAAACUGGAAUCAUCACCUGUAGAUGCAUUUAACCCAACACCAGUAUUGGAGAGCUGGCUAGUAUGUAAUUUUUGGACCUGUUAAUAAUUGAUUAAAGGUGACAAUUAUAUGUGUAAAGUGAUAAUAUUAACCAUAACUUUUUAGUUUUAUGAAUAUGUGCUCCCAUUUGAAGUUUUCCCUUUUUACUUUUCAGUCUUCAGGAAGGAAGAUAAAAUACUGUCGUAGCAAGAGUGACAAUGCUGAGUUGGAGGGAGCAGAAAUUGCAGAAUCAAUGGAAGACCUUAACUCUGGAAGUGAAAGUGACGUGGAAAAUGUGGCAGACAAAGUUAAUGACUUUUAUGAUAGAUAUUACACUGACAGUGAUGCAGAUGACAUGGACAUUGAACAACAGAAUCUUGAUUUUCUCUAUCGUUUUGCAAGAGACACCUGAUGACAUUUUGGCAACCUUUCCAGCACGAUUG